GGAUGCGCCUCGACGGAGCUGAGUGCUGGCUUGUUUUCGCUGGUGGGUCGCCACCUCGCUCUCCUUUUUCUUUUUGUUGUAACCAAAGUAGAAACAAAGGUCAGGAGCAUAGCUUUCGUACCUUCAAAAUCUUCGUGGGGAACAGAAGGAACAACAGUAACUGCACAGAGACAGAAAAUACAUCACGUCCAUGCGUUUGGGAAUUGUCUACUCUUGUCGGAAUUUUCUAAUCUGAAAUUGCAUCGCUUAUCUUAUCACGUUUGUGCGUUUGUCUCGGAGAGUUGGAUAUCAAAGGAAACAUACCAGCCCAGAAGAUUCUGACUCGGACCAGCUGUUUGCGCAGGCGGGCAGUGCGUGCGUUGUUUGGAGUCUUGAAGAGGAAGCUACACCUGCGUCGGGAGUCGACUGGAGUGGGAUUAUCGUCAGAUUUAAAGACCAGUUUCCGUGACAUCUGAAUAUAAUUUUAUACCCACAUGGCCUUCGCGCUCAGGCCCAUAUGCAGACAUUUAUAUAAGUUGCUGUCAGGAUGAUUAUGAAACUACAGAACGCAGUUUAUCACACACGUAUGUGGCUGUUUUGACUUUUGUUAUCUGGUCAGUGUGUGUUGUAACAAUGGCGAAGUGGCUGAAAGACUAUCUAAGUUUUGGCAGCAAGCGUAUGCCACCCCAACCACCUACACCAGAUUACACGGAGAGUGAGAUAUUGAAGGCAUAUCGGCUUCAGAAGAGUUUGGAUUUCGAGGACCCCUACGAAGACCCGGAGAACCGUUCAAGAAAUGACUCUGGAACAACUGACACAUCCCUGUCUGCUUUCGGGUCUCCAGUGAAAUCCAGCACCAGUCUGGAUGGGAAAGUUGUGUCACCCAAACAUCGGCUCAUUAAAGUCGACUCACAAGAUUUGGGGAGAACCAAGAUCCUACUAAGCUCAGUUUCUCCCGAAGAAUCACUGGAACCGGUGGUGCCGUCUGCUCCGUCAAUGGGGGACACAGAUUACUCGGAUCCGUUUGACGCCCGGCUGGACCGGCGCUCGGAGCCGGAUCACGGCCCCGCUCCGCAGGAGAACAACGGCUACAUGGAACCCUACGAGGCUCAGAGGGUCAUUACAGAGCUGCAGCGUGGUACUACUGUGGGCUGGGGCCGAGGGGGUGUCCAGCUGUACGACACUCCGUACGAGGACCAGAGCCUGGUGCCAGCGGAGGAGGAGCGAGAGAGCCGCCUGCCGCAGGACGACGAGAGGCCUGCGGACGAGUACGACCAGCCCUGGGAGUGGAAGAAGGACCACAUCUCCAAGGCUUUUGCUGUUCAGUUUGAAGGUGCCGAAUGGGACCGGUGUUCCUCCCCCACCGAUCGCCUCCGACCCCCCAGAGGCUCACCUCUCGCUGCGGGCAGCAUGAAGUUCCGCAAGCCCUCGGAGACCCUCACCCUGAUGGGAGAGCGGGUGGACCCCACUUUACCCCUGGAAAAGCAAGUGUGGUACCAUGGGGCUCUGUCGCGAGCGGAGGCCGAGUCUCUGCUGACGCUGUGUAAGGAGUGCAGCUACCUGGUCAGAAACAGCCAGACCAGCCAUUCCGACUACUCCCUCUCUCUCAGGAGCUGCCAGGGUUUCAUGCACAUCAAGUUCUCCCAGUCCAAGGACGGGAAGUACGUCCUGGGCCAGAACAGCCCUCCCUUCGACACCCUCCCCGAGGUCAUCCACUUCUACACCACCCGCAAGCUGCCCAUCCGCGGUGCCGAGCACCUCUCCCUGCUCUUCCCCGUGCUCGUCCAGACCCUCUGAGCGGCCGGCGUCGGGGCAUCCGUCGCCACGGGCAACCGGCACCCACAAAGCCCGUGACUGACAGGGGACAGGGGAAGCUUUUCCCUUUUCCUUUUGGAGCGGCCGCGGGUGUUCCGCUAUUCAGCGGAUUUGUUUGCUAUUGUGUGGGCACAGGGAGGCGCGGUAAUGCGGCUGCUAAUCCACCCCCCCACCCUCCUCCACCCCCCCCCCACCCCUCCGCCUGGCAGGGCCAUUCAUCUCAGGCCCCGCAAAUGGACACGUUUGAGGGGAUAACACGCACUCGGUCCGCGGAGGGCUUUAACCUAAUUAAGGGCCUCUCAGUCCCCGCUACUCGAGUCGUCUUCGCGGAGGAACCAUUUGUGCCGUUUGACGCGCUCUGACUAAUGAACACUUAAUGACCCGCUUCUGAUUGGUCACACAGAUCAGAUACACGACGUUCGUACACUCCAGACGCGCACACGCACCACGGACUGACAGUUUUCUUCCUCUCCCAGGCAGCCAUUUAGAUCAUUUGGAUUUGGAUGUCCGUUGUGGCCAUUGCCGUCAUUUGAGCUUGAUCAUUUAGUCUUGAUUUGCCAAAGAAGCCGCUGAUGGGAAAUGCUUAUCUGCAGUUGGAAUGCUGGCGGACUCCCUCAGGCUUUUUACAGUACAUGUGGACUUUGAACACACACACACACACACACGGCGAAGGAUUCAAGAAAUGCCAUUUCUCCACCUACCCGAAUCAGUUGAACUAGGCCAGUGGCUAUUUCUGCAUGUGUGUGUUGUGGUAAGAAGCGGGGGGGGGGGGGGGCUCUGAGAUCCUGCUGUGCCAUCUGCAGCACACCUCUGCUGCACCAGCCGCCAGAAACAACUGAUUACGCCGGGCUGCCAGCGCCAUUAAACCCAGUUAGACCCUCACACCUGUCGCCCCGUGCCCCUGGCUGCCAGUCUCCUCCCCACAGCUGCCAUCCCGUGUUGGCGGCAGCCUCGUCAAGCCGUUAAUGAUUCACUAGCAUUCCCAUCAUGGCCACAACCUUCAGUCGCAAAACACGGACAGGAUGUUUAUUUAUUUAACACGGGUUGCUCCGCGCAGUAGCAUAAUGAUGGUAGUAUUUUUUUCUGGUUGGCUGUCGUAAUCUGGAGAAAUAUCCUCCAUGUAGCAACUGUGUUUUUAUUUUUAUGUGGGUAUGAAAUAAACUUUCUUGAUACCUUA